AUGAACUCAAAAGGAGACAAAGUUAUAUUUUUUAUUGCACAAAUCCAGAGCCAUCUUUUUUCCUCAGUUGGAUUUGUUCAGGUGGAAAUAUGUGCCUGGAGAUUCACAGGCUUUGUUAGCACAACUCAGGAUCUCAUUGCCAUUGGAGUGGAGCUCAUGCUUUUAUCUUAGGAAUAACAAAGGUAACUACAGGGUGAUGAAGAAUACUGAGCAAAUCUGUAGUAAACCUGUGUACUCACUAGCACAACUCCACACACAUGCUGUAGAAAACCUCCUGGAGGCUUCUAUCUGCACAACCUGGUCCCAGAGCAUUUCAUAUUAUUUUGUACGUAAAUCCGAGACACUCAAUUUAGUAUGAUACGUUACGUAUAGUAUGUAUUAAUUUGUGGAUGUCCGUCACCCGUUUUGUAUGAUAUGUUACGAAUUACAAUUCGUAUUAUAUACAGUUGAAGUCGGAAGUUUACAUACACUUAGGUUGGAGUCAUUAAAACUCGUUUUUCAACCACUCCACAAAUUUAUUGUUAACAAACUAUAGUUUUGGCAAGUCGGUUAGGACAUCUACUUUGUGCAUGACACAAGUAAUUUUUCCAAUAAUUGUUUACAGACAGAUUAUUUAACUUAUAAUUCACUGAAUCACAAUUCCAGUGGGUCAGAAGUUUACAUACAGUGAGGGAAAAAAGUAUUUGAUACCCUGCAGAUUUUAUACGUUUGCCCACUGACAAAGAAAUGACCAGUCUAUCAUUUUAAUGGUAGGUUUAUUUGAACAGUGAGAGACAGAAUAACAACAAAAAAAUCCAUGUCAAAACUGUUAUAAAUUGAUUUGCAUUUUAAAGAGGGAAAUAAGUAUUUGACCCCCUCUCAAUCAGAAAGAUUUCUGGCUCCCAGGUGUCUUUUAUACAGGUAACAGAUUAGGAGCACACUCUUAAAGGGAGUGCUCCUAAUCUCAGUUUGUUACCUGUAUAAAAGACACCUGUCCACAGAAGCAAUCAAUCAGAUUCCAAACUCUCCACCAUGGCCAAGACCAAAGAGCUCUCCAAGGAUGUCAGGGACAAGAUUGUAGACCUACACAAGGCUGGAAUGGGCUACAAGACUAUUGCCAAGCAGCUUGGUGAGAAGGUGACAACAGUUGGUGCGAUUAUUCGCAAAUGGAAGAAACACAAAAGAACUGUCAAUUUCCCUCGGCCUGGGGCUCCAUGCAAGAUCUCACCUUGUGGAGUUGCAAUGAUCAUGAGAACGGUGAGGAAUCAGCCCAGAACUACACGGGAGGAUCUUGUCAAUGAUCUCAAGGCAGCUGGGACCAUAGUCACCAAGAAAACAAUUGGUAACACACUACGCCGUGAAGGACUGAAAUCCUGCAGCGCCCGCAAGGUCCCCCUGCUCAAGAAAGCACAUAUACCUGCCUGUCUGAAGUUUGCCAAUGAACAUAUGAAUGAUUCAGAGGAGAACUGGGUGAAAGUGUUGUGGUCAGAUGAGACCAAAAUUGAGCUCUUUGGCAUCAACUCAACUCGCCGUGUUUGGAGGUGGAGGAAUGCUGCAUAUGACCCCAAGAACACCAUCCCCACCGUCAAACAUGGAGGUGGAAACAUUAUGCUUUGGGGGUGUUUUUCUGCUAAGGGGACAGGACAACUUCACCGCAUCAAAGGGACGAUGGACGGGGCCAUGUACCGUCAAAUCUUGGGUGAGAACCUCCUUCCCUCAGCCAGGGCAUUGAAAAUGGGUCGUAGAUGGGUAUUCCAGCAUGACAAUGACCCAAAACACACGGCCAAGGCAACAAAGGAGUGGCUCAAGAAGAGGCACAUUAAGGACCUGGAGUGGCCUAGCCAGUCUCCAGACCUUAAUCCCAUAGAAAAUCUGUGGAGGGAGCUGAAGGUUCGAGUUGCCAAACGUCAGCCUCGAAACCUUAAUGACUUGGAGAAGAUCUGCAAAGAGGAGUGGGACAAAAUCCCUCCUGAGAUGUGUGCAAACCUGGUGUCCAACUACAAGAAACGUCUGACCUCUGUGAUUGCCAACAAGGGUUUUGCCACCAAGUACUAAGUCAUGUUUUGCAGAGGGGUCAAAUACUUAUUUCCCUCAAUAAAAUGCAAAUCAAUUUAUAACACUUUUGACAUGGGUUUUUCUGGAUUUUUUUGUUGUUAUUCUGUCUCUCACUGUUCAAAUAAACCUACCAUUAAAAUUAUAGACUGAUCAUUUCUUUGUCAGUGGGCAAACGUAAAAAAUCAGCAGGGGAUCAAAUACUUUUUUCCCUCACUGUACACUAAGAUGACUGUGCCUUUAAACAGCUUGGAAAAUUCCAGAAAAUGAUGUCAGGGCUUUAGAAGCUUCUGAUAGGCUAAUUGACAUCAUUUGAGUCAAUUGGAGGUGUACCUGUGGAUGUAUUUCAAGGCCUACCUUCAAACUCAGUGCCUCUUUGCUUGACAUCAUAGGAAAAUCAAAAUAAAUCAGCCAAGACCUCAGAAAAACAAUUGUAGACCUCCACAAGUCUGGUUCAUCCUUGGGAGCAAUUUCCAAACGCCUGAAGGUACCACGUUCAUCUGUACAAACAAUAGUAUGCAAGUAUAAACACCAUGGGACCACGCAGCCGUCAUACCGUUCAAGAAGGAGACGCGUUCUGUCUCCUAGGGAUUAACGUACUUUGGUGCGAAAAGUGCAAAUCAAUCCCUGAACAACAGCAAAGGACCUUGUGAAGAUGCUGGAGGAAACAGGUACAAAGGUAUCUAUAUCCACAGUAAAACGAGUCCUAUAUCGACAUAACCUGAAAGGCCGCUCAGCAAGAAAGAAGCCACUGCUGCAAAACCGCCAUAAAAAAGACAGACUAUGGUUUGCAACUGCACAUGGGGAUAAAGAUCGUACUUUUUGGAGUAAUGUCCUCUGGUCUGAUGAAACAAAAAUAGAACUGUUUGGCCAUAAUGACCAUCAUUAUGUUUGGAGGAAAAAGGGGGUACCUUGCAAGUCGAAGAACACCAUCCCAACCGUGAAGCACGGGGGUGGCAGCAUCAUGCUGUGGGGGUGCUUUGCUGCAGGAGGGACUGGUGCACUUCACAAAAUAGAUGGCAUCAUGAGGAAGGAAAAUUAUGUGGAUAUAUUGAAGCAACAUCUUAAGACAUCAGUCAGGAAGUUAAAGCUUGGUCGCAAAUGGGUCUUCCAAAUGGACAAUGACCCCAAGCAUACUUCCAAAGUUGUGGCAAAAUGGCUUAAGGACAACAAAGUCAAGGUAUUGGAGUGGCCAUCACAAAGCCCUGACCUCAAUUCUAUAGAAAAGUAUUUGUGGGCAGAACUGAAAAAGCAUGUGCGAGCAAAGGAGUCCUACAAACCUGACUCAGUUACACAAGCUCUGUCAGGAGGAAUGGGCCAAAAUUCACCCAACUUAUUGUGGGAAGCUUGUGGAACACUACCCGAAACAUUUGACCCAAGUUAAACAAUUUAAAGGCAAUGCUACCAAAUACUAAUUGAGUGUAUGUAAACUUCUGACCCACUGGGAAUGUGAUGAAAGAAAUAACAGCUGAAAUAAAUAAUUUUCUCUACUAUUAUUCUGACAUAUCACAUUCUUAAAAUAAAGUGGUGAUCCUAACUGACCUAAAACAGGGAUAUUUUACUAGGAUUAAAUGUCAGGAAUUGUGAAAAACAGAGUUUAAAUGUAUUUGGCUAAGGUGUAUGUAAACUUCCGACUUCAACUGUAUUACGAAUUUGCAAAAAUGUACAAUAUGUUUCAAAUUUGCAAAACGUAUGGUAUGUUAUGAAUUCUAGCUAGGUCUCUAGGUGGCUAACGUUAGCUUGGCUAGGGAUUAGAGUUACACUAUCAUUCAAAAGUUUGGGGUCACAAAUGUCCUUGUCCAUUAAAAUAACAUCAAAUUGAUCAGAAAUACAGUGUAGACAUUGUUCAUGUUGUAAAUGGCUAUUAUAGCUGGAAACGGCUGAUUUUUAAUGGAAUAUCUACAUAGGCGUACAGAGGCCCAUUAUCAGCAACCAUCAGUCCUGUGUUCCAAUGGCACGUUGUGUUUGCUAAUCCAAGCUGAUCAUUUUAAAAGGCUAAAUGAUCAUUAGAAAACCCUUUUGCAAUUUUGUUAGCACAGCUGAAAACUGUUGUGCUGAUUAAAGAAGCAUUAAAACUGGCCUUCUUGAGACUAGUUGAGUAUCUGGAGCAUCAGCAAUUAUGGGUUCGAUUACAGAAUCAAAAUGGACAGAAACAAAUAACUUUCUUCUGAAACUCAUCAGUCUAUUAUUGUUCUGAGAAAUGAAGGCUAUUCCAUGCGAGAAUUUGCCAAGAAGCUGAAGAUCUCGUACAACGCUGUGUACUACUCCCUUCACAGAACAACGCAAACUGGCUCUAACCAGAAUAGAAAGAGGAGUGGGAGGCCCCGAUGCACAACUGAGCAAGAGGACAAAUACAUUAGAGUGUCUAGUUUGAGAAACAGAUGCCUCACAGGUCCUCAACUGGCAUCUUCAUUAAAUAGUACCCGCAAAACACCAGUCUCAACAUCAACAGUGAAGAGGCGACUCCGGGUUGCUGACCUUCUAGGCAGAGUUGCAAAGAAAAAGCCAUAUCUCAGACUGGCCAAUAAAAAGAAAAGAUUAAGAUGGUUAAAAGAACACAGACACUGGACAGAGGAAGAUUGGAAAAAAGUAUUAUGGACAGUCAAAUCGAAGUUUGAGGGGUUCGGAUCACAAAGAAGAACAUUUGUCAGACACAGACCAAAUUAAAAGAUGCUGGAGGAGUGCUUGAUGCCAUCUGUCAAGCAUGGUGGAGGCAAUGUGAUGGUCUGGGGGUGCUUUGGUGGAGGUAAAGUGGCAGAUUUGUACAGGGUAAAAGGGAUCUUGAAGAAGGAAGGCUUUGAUCACUCCAUUUUGCAACGCCAUGCCAUACCCUGUGGACGGUGCUUGUUUGGAGCCAAUUUCCUCCUACAACAGGACAAUGACCCAAAGCACAGCUCCAAACUAUGCAAUGACUAUUUAGGGAAGAAGCAGUCAGCUGGUAUUCUGUCUACAGUGGAGUGCCUAGCACAGUCACUGGAUCUCAACCCUAUUGAGCUGUUGUGGGAGCAGCUUGACCGUAUGGUACAUAAGAAGUGCCCAUCAAGCCAAUCCAACUUGUGGGAGGUGCUUCAGGAAGCAUGUGGUGAAAUCUCUUCAGAUUACCUCAACAAAUUGACAACUAGAAUGCCAAAGAUCUGCAAGGCUGUAAUUGCUGCAAAUGGAGGAUUCUUUGACGAAAGCAAAGUUUGAAGGACACAAUUAUUAUUUAUAUUAAAAAUCAUUAUUUCUAACCUUUUCAAUGACUACAUUUCCUAUCCAUUCUGCUAUAUUUCCUUUUCAAACUCAUUUAAUGUAUAUUUUCUUGGAAAACAAGGAAAUGUCUAAGUGACCCCAAACUUUUGAACGGUAGUGUAGGUGUUAGGGUUAAACCUUUGGGUUGCUAGACGUUUGCAUUAUACGCCAACCCAUCCACCCCAACCAACCACCCUACUUUUGUAACCAUCUGUCUUAUGUAACCAUACCAAACAUAACAUUCAAGCUAAUUAGAGUGUCCCGGAUUAACUUUUACUAUGUUACGUCUAGUCUUUGAGACCAGGUUGAUCUGCAUGGUAGGGGGGCUGCUAUGAAGGAGGUUGGUAAGCCAGCAGAAAGAAACAGAGCAGCAGGGGGAAUGGUCUAAAACCUCUGAUUGCACACCCUUCUUUUGUGGACUAAUUGUUGUGAGUUUGUGUGUGUGGAAACAAAGAGUGCCUGGUGAGGGAAUGUAGCUAGGCUUUAGUCAGGCAGAAUGUUGUUGUGUUACUGUGUAUGAUGGGUUUAUGUCUGGCUCAGUGUUGUAAAGAGAGGGAGGGAGGGAGGGGGGGGGGGGGGGAGAAGAAGAAAUGACAAAAACUGUAACAUGAGUCAUCCAUUUCUCCUCUCUGACAUUCCUUCCUCUCUCUCCCUCUCUCUGCCCUCUGUCUAUUCUCUCUUGCUUACUGUCUCUUUUGCUCACGUUCUCUAUCUCUCUCUGAGUCCCUAUAUCUUCUCUAUCUCUCUCUGAGUGCCUAUAUCUCUCUAUCUCUCUAUGAGUGCCUAUAUCUCUCUAUCUCUCUCUGAGUCCCUAUAUCUUCUCUAUCUCUCUCUGAGUGUCUAUAUCUCUCUAUCUCUCUCUGAGUGCCUAUAUCUUCUCUAUAUCUCUCUAUGAGUGCCUAUAUCUCUCUAUCUCUCUAUGAGUGCCUAUAUCUCUCUAUCUCUCUCUGAGUCCCUAUAUCUUCUCUAUCUCUCUAUGAGUGCCUAUAUCUCUCUAUCUCUCUCUGAGUCCCUAUAUCUUCUCUAUCUCUCUAUGAGUGCCUAUAUCUCUCUAUCUCUCUAUGAGUGCCUAUAUCUCUCUAUCUCUCUCUGAGUCCCUAUAUCUUCUCUAUCUCUCUAUGAGUGCCUGUAUCUUCUCUAUCUCUCUCUGAGUCCCUAUAUCUUCUCUAUCUCUCUCUGAGUCCCUACAUCUCCUCUCUCCCUCUCUGUCCCUCUUGAUUUCUCUCUCGUCUCUCUGUCUCUCUACCUCCUCCCCCACUUUCUCCCUCCCUCAUACUGUAGCACUUUCUGCUUUAGCCCUGUUCCAGUUUCCUGUGCAGCUUGGGCAAGACAUGGAGCUGCUGUUUGCUUCUGCAAAACACACACACACGGUGACGCACGCACUCAUGUCCACUGUGUCCACAUUGUGACCAGAUUUCCUGGUCCCUCCCUGUAUGUAAAUGAUUUGACAGAAUCUUUUUCUAAAUAAUAUUCAUUGAUUUAUUUUAUGCAACAUAUUUGUCAUAAGUCAAUGUUACCACCUGUCAAUGAUUUAAAUGGUUUCACUGUCCGGAUCCGUCUACACUUGUGAAAUAUCCAGACACAAUGCGUGCCUGACUGCCUCCGGAGGUGGGCAGGAAGAUCUGAUCACAAUCCAAUCACAAUGAGUCUUUUGAUUAUGUACACAACCUUUUCUGAGUCAAGAUCACUUCUGAGUCAAAAUGUAAGCCGUGAUUGACCGCUCAGAUUUGUUUUGAACAUUACUUAAAAAAUUUAAUCAUCCUAUGCAACAUUAAGCCAUUAAAAACAGUACUGUAGCAAUGAGGUUUGUGCAGUAAGCUAUAGGCCCAAUACAUUAUUACCGCAUAUUGGCUUUGCUUGAAAACUCUGCCAAUGCAUUGUUGUUUGGACCAAUUAUAUUUCAAAAUUUGAGGUAGGUUAUAUGAUCACACCGGUAUUAGAUCAGUUGUUUUUGUAUUACUUGUGAGGCACAGCCGAGUGGAGCAUACAGGGCAAAUGUAUUCAUCCCCCUUGGCGUUUUUCCUAUUUUGUUGCAUUACAACCUGUAAUUUAAAUGGAUUUUUAUUUGGAUUCCAUGUAAUGGACAUACACAAAAUAGUCCAAAUUGGUGAAGUGAAAUGAAAAAAAUAACUUAUUAAAAAAAUUCUAAAAAAUAAAUAACAGAAAAGUGGUGCGUGCAUAUGUAUUCACCCCCUUUGCUAUGAUGCCCCUAAAUAAGAUCUGGUGCAACCAAUUACCUUCAGAAGUCACAUAAUUAGUUAAAUAAAGUCCACCUGUGUGCAAUCUAAGUGUCACAUGAUCUGUCACAUGAUCUCAGUAUAUAUACACCUUUUCUUCAAGGCCCCAGAGUCUGCAACACCACUAAGCAAGGGGCACCACCACUAAGCAAGCAGCACCACCACGCAAGCAGCACCACCACGCAAGCAGCACCAUGAAGACCAAGGAGCUAUCCAAACAGGUCAGGGACAAAGUUGUGUAGAAGUACAGAUGAGGGUUGGGUUAUAAAAAAAUAUCAGAAACUUUGAACAUCCCACGGAGCACCAUUCAAUCCAUUACUACAAAAUGGAAAGAAUAUGACACCACAACAAACCUGCCAAGAGAGGGCUGCCCACCAAAACUCACAGACCAGGCAAGGAGGCCAUUAUUCAAAGAGGCAACAAAGAGACCAAAGAUAACCCCGAAGGAGCUGCAAAGCUCCUCUAUUCUGGUGGAAAAUGUUUCUGUGAAGGUGUGUGUGUACGAGUGUGCUUGUGCAUCUAAUGACAAGAACAGAGACUGGAUGAAAAGAUAUUCAUCAGAGGAGAGAGAAAGAGAGGGCAAUAAGAUGACAGAGGUUUUUGAACUAAAGCAGCAAAGAGCUUUCUUAAUGCAACUCUGUCUUUUCCAUCUUUAUUCAAUAUCUCUCCCUCUUUCUGUCUCUGUUUAAUUACUUGCAUUGUACCACCAAGCCUGUCUCACGGGCAUUGAUGUCAAGGUAAAUGCUGAUCUCAGUCUGUGGUGAAUAACCUAAUGCUCCCUAUAAGUUCAAUGUGUUUACCCGCAAAAGGUGUGUAAAUGGCAUUUAAGUGCAUUUACCCUCCACUACUGUCCAUGGGUCUGACAUACCUGAUAUAUCUCUCUCUCUCUCUCUCUCUCUCUCUUCAAUUCAAUGACUUUACUGGCAUGGGAAACGUGUUUACAUUGCCAAAGCCAGUGAAAGAACCAAAACAACAAAACACAUUUUAAAAGACAAAAACAACCAGACAUUAACAGUAAACAUUACACACACAAAAAGUUUCACAACAUUUUAAAUGUUAUAUUAUUAGAGGAUAAAUGUUACAUAAGUGUUGUGACAAUGUGCAAAUAGUAGAAUGUACGAAUAACAGGGGGAAAUAAAUAGGCAGAUAAAUAUAGGGUAUAUUUACAUUGGUGUUUCUGACCCACUGGUUGACCUUUUCUUGUGGCAGCAGGUCACACAUUUUGUGGCUGGGAUUGCACACUGCGGUAUUUCUCCUAACAGAUACGGGAGUUUGUCAAAAUGUGAUUUGUGUUCGAAUUCUUUGGGUUUGUGUAAUUUGAGGGAAAUAUGUGUCCCUUAUAUGGUCGUACAUUUGGCAGGAGUUUAGAAAGUGAAGCUCGGUUUCCACCUCAUUUUGUUGGCAGUGGCCACAUAUCCUGUCUUCUCUUGAGAGCCAGGUCUGCCUAUGGUGACCUCUCAAUAACAAGGCUAUGCUCACUGAGUCUGUACAUAGUCCAGGCUUUUCUUCGUUUUGGGUCAGUCACGGUGGUCAGAUAUUCUGCACUGUGUACUCUCUGUUUAGGGCAAGGUAGCGUUCCAACCUGCUCUGUUUUUUGGUUGAUUCUUUCCAAUGUAUAGUAUAUGAAGAAUUAUGACUUUGCUAAUGUUUUAAAGUGGAACCUGAGAGGAUGUUUAUUCAGUUUCAGAGGGAGCCAUUUUGUAGUGACACCCCUGUUCGUUGGAGACAGGUGAUUGGACAGAGGGAGCCACCCAUAUUUUUGUAUAUCUUAUAAGUAUAGGCUAGAGACAAAGAACGUUAGAACAGACAUAUUAUUUUGGGACACUGUUCUCCAGACACUGCAGGCGUCUGUAAACUUAUGCUGAAAUCUUGUGAUAUAAAUAAAACUUAUAAUCAAAGUACAGUAUAAGCAGACUCUUUGUUUCACAGCAAUAAUUAGCAGCAUUGACUCGACACUACAAUUGGCAACGAGGAUGGGAUCGGUCUGCAUCUUUCCUGUGUUGCAUUCAUGAGCAGCGAGGUGACUCCCGCUCAAGCCGGCUCAUAAGGUGAGAUUCCUCACAAAUUUUGUGCGCUAGUUGGUUCGCUGGCUUAUGGGUGUGUGCGCUGGGGAGAUGUACCGUGUAAAGUACUUGUGUGUGCUGGUGUGGCUGUUAUUGCUGUUGACUAGGGGUCUGUCAUAACUAUUCUACAUUUGUUUGCACUGGUAAACGGCGCAAAUAGGGGGGAGUGUCUAUAGAGAUAUUUUGCUUGAAUAGGAAUUCAAGAACAAUCGAUUUGAAGGGAAUAAGGCCAAGGUAUAUGUAUACAAAUUAGGACAUUGCGAAUCUGGAAAGACCUCUAAACAAGGUGAUCUUUAGGAUGGGCCGGAAAUCCUGUAACAUGUUAGAUGGAAUGGGUGAGUCCUGGGGACUGGAGACUGUGGUAUAUACAUUUUAUUGCAAGUUACUGCUCAUCUUAUAGCUGACGAGGUAUAUGUUUGAUGUGACCGCUCAUAGAAUAUCCAUAACUCGCGGCAGCAUAAAGUUAGGGACGAAGGAACAGGAAUUUUGGCGCAAUGUAGGUUACAUUGCUACAUGUUACAUGCCACAUGUUACAUACAUGCUACAUGCUAACAUGUGACCUUAGAGGGCCAUCGAGAUGGAAUAAAGCCUCUUAAAUUAUGUUUGUGUGUGUAGAAUUUAAGUUCUAGGCUUUGUGAGCUCUGUUAAAUGUUGUUUGGCUAUGAGGAGAAAACGGAGUUACAGCGGGACUGUUAACUUUCUGUUUGGCUUGGGGAGAGAGCUGCUUGAGGGCUCCGUCCACGCUGAAAUCGUAUUGGUGAAUGAACUGCACAUGCGUGUGAUUUUAUGACUUUAGAGUUACGUAGGGAGAAUGUGCCACUGCCUACACUGGGUGCUGGGAGACGCAGACUCAGAAGCAGACAGAGAGAGAUGUGAACACGAAUGGAAUGUUCUAGUUGUUACAUAGUCUGUUGCUUAAUGAUGAAGCUAUUUGUUGAGAUCUAUUGAAUUGAUAAAUGAGAGAGAUAUGUUGACGGAUUAAAAAAAUAAAAUAAAAAUAAUUAAAUAAAUGAAAUAAAAUGUUAGAGCUAUCGAUAAAUAUUCCUGAGUUAAGUUGUUUGCUUAUUUCUUAGCGCAAGUUUUGAACAGAGGAAUAUUGAAUGCUUGAAAUAACUCAGUGAGUGUAUAAACUAUUAAAUGCUUGUCUGUCCUUUGUUCUUCUGUCAUAUGAGAGAGAGAGGAUGGAGAUAGGGGAGAACAGGAAGAAGGAGAGAUUAUCAAUGUUGUGGAUAACGUUGAUGAUAAUGUUUACACUUCUGAUGAUGCCAGAGAUGACUAUGCAAUGGAUGGAAAGGAAAGGGUAUUUGGGGAAAUUGAUUUUCAAUACGUCCCAGAAGCAACAGGGAAUAUUUCAGUGGAAUGUGAAGCAGCAGAGAUCACCAAGGGCAACUCUGUUACAGGAGAAGCUAGUGAUUCAGUUAGACAAAGUAGGCCUAGACCAGUUAGGAGAAAAGUCAGACCAAAACGUUACGAAAACUAGGGUUGAAGUAACUCUAGGACAGUCAGCUCAGCUCCCAUGUAAGUGCACGAGAGAGAACAGUGGUGAAGGGAAAUUUAGAGUUCAGUGGGAAGAUAGAUAUGGCAGGAGUUUAGAUCUGUUAGAAGCAAUUGCAUUGAGAAAGUAUGCGUUGCUGAAUGAUGAGAGAAGAAUGAAGAUUGAGGGUGAUUGCGGUAUCUAUAUUUACAAUUCCCAGCAGGAAGAUCAAGGUGAUUAUAAAUGUAUUUUUUAUAAUCAACAGGUUGAAAGUGAGGGAUUAGAGUUAGGACUGAGAGUUAAUGUAGUGACACUAGUGGUGAUAGAUGGAAAUACAAGUCAAGAGUUCAAAGCUUUAGGGAGUAUGGAUGAAGUAACAACAAUGACAUCAACACUUCAGCAUAUUAAAACAACAGUGAGAAGCAAUUCAACUCUUUCAACAUUGAUAGUUAUUAAAGCCAUAAAUAUAUCGCAUUUGAUUACAAGGGAACCAAUAGCUCCAGCACCAAUUUUAGAGGAAAAGACUGUUAUUAGGGUUAGGAUGGGUGAUACAGCUCAUCUUCCUUGUAGCUGUGAGAGAUGGAGUGGGGGAGGGGACGUUCCUCCCACAUGGAGAGAUAAUUAUGGAGAAGAAGUAUUGUUAUCAGGACCAGAUGUAGAAGCUGUGCCCCCUAAUCAAUGGAAGUAUAUUUUGUACAACGAUAUGAAGUGGAAGAGGGUUAUGAGUGAUUGUUCACUUAUUUUGCGUAAUGUUACAGGGAAAGAUCAGGGAGAAUAUAUGUGUACUUAUCUAGUGCAAGCAUUAAAAUUUGUUCCGGUUAAGAAUUAUUGGUUAAAAGGCUAUGUAAUUCGUAAAGUGACGCUUAUAAUGGAAGAGUUGAAGUCUGUUGAAGCUUCCACAGUCACCAAAGGAGUUCAGGAGAAGUAUAUUACAGUAGCCACUCCAACAGUAAAUAAUACACAGAGGAUAUCGGUAGCUUUCCCACUAGAAAUAGUUAAGGGUGUUAAUACAUCAACUAAAUCAACUACUUUAAUGGUGACUUUGAAAGGGAUUAAUGGUACGACGGCAAUAACAAAUGUAGGAAGUAUGACACAGACACCAACAACAACUUUUCUGAAAUUAAAGGAUGUAGCAAGAGUGACUCAGGAGUUUAUGAUACGGAUGGAGAGUGCUGUCAAUGGUAGUAAGGAUAGGGUUAAAAUAGGAGAGCAGAUGGUGGUAGAGAAGAAUAUAGAUUCAUCUGAAAUAGUGCAAGAUACUAUCAUGGAGGUACAGGAUGAGUUCUUUGAUUUCAACGGAACAUAGGAAGAUACAUCUGAUCAAUACCGCUCGUUAGGGAAGAGAGAAACUAAAUGGAAGGCAUAUGGAUUUGAUUCUUCUGUUUUGAAGAUUAAAGAUGAAUGGGCAGGUAGGAAUCUUUGGUUCCAACAGUUAACUCAUUCUGUAAGAUCAGUGAGGAAUCUUGAGGGUCCAUGUCUGUUGAGAAUUCCAGCACCAGGCACAUGGGGUUCCAUUUUAGAGACGAUCGCUCAACCUCUAUCAAGUACGUGUCAAUCUUAUGCUUUAUCAUGGCUGUUGUAUCAGCAACAAUCAUUAACAGAUAAAAUAAUGUCGUUGUCAAAACAUUUGUUUAAGCCUAGGUUUAAGUGUUCUUGGUUAAAUGAAUUACCCUAUGUGAAUUUGUUAGAUGGGAAGGAAAAUCAGUUAACAGCGAAUCCUGAAGCAUUGGAGGUGAAACCAGUGAGGGCUAAAAGUUGUUUUUGUUCUAAUAAAACAUAUGAUGGAAAGGGUAUGUUCAUGGGAAUAUCAGAUUGUGAUGAUUAUAUGAUGACUUUGGGUAAGCAUGAACAUAAGGUUAGAGAUGAGAAAUAUAAUGUUACUUUUUAUGUUCCCGUUAGUAAGAACAGCAGGACUUUGAUGGUGGAAGAUCAGAUUUUGCCUGGCAAUGUGACUAUUGGGAAUUUUAGAGAUAUUUGGUGGGUUUGUGGUGAUAAAGCAUAUAUAUUCUUACCCUAUGGAUGGACAGGAUGUUGUUACAUGUCAACGUUGAAGCUUCCAUAUGAGGUUUUUACCAUUAAAAGUGGGGUAGCACCGGACACAGAUAAAUCUGAAUCUAGGUUUGGAAAUAGGGUGAAAAGGGACAUGACGACAUUUCAUAGUCUUGAAGCCUACCAUUGGAGGAUAAGUCUAGGAGAGAAGUGGGGACUGGGACUUUUUCCAUGGUAUGGUGUAACAUUUUUGGCAGAUCAUAUUGAUAAUAUUACCUAUACUUUGCAGGGGUUUGCAAAUGAAACAAUAAGAGGGUUUAACCUUCUGUCAAAUACUCAAAGAAGUCACAGACUGACACUGUUGAAACAUGACAUGGCUCUUGACUAUAUUUUAGCAAAACAGGGUGGCUUAUGUUUGGCUAUGAAUCUGACGGGGGAUGAUUGUUAUACUUUGAUCCCAGAUAGUUCCGAUAAUAUCACUAGUGUUAUAGAUGCAUUGAAGAAUAUAAGGGAUGCGUUUGGUAGAUCUGAAGGAGCUGGAUGGUCAGCGAAGGUUUGGUUGCAAGAUCAGUUAGGGCCAGUGGGAGCAGUGAUAGUUCAGAUUUUAGUAGCAGCUCUGAUAGCGCUGUGUGUGAUGUUUUGCUUUUGUACUUUGUUACUGACCUUUGCGAAGGCUAUGAUAUUGAGAUGGGUUGGAGUUGUGAUGCCUGGAGACAACACUCAGAUACCGUUGUUGACUGUUACUGAUCUGGAUGAAGAUGGACAAGUGGGACUGGAUGGAGUAUUGAUGGAUAAAUAUCCAUUUUGAUUAUCUUAUCAUUUUUCAAAUGUUUUUCAAUAUUAGUGUGAUUUUAGUAUUUUGUUAUGAAUCAAAGGGGGGAAAUACAAUGUGAUUCAUUUAUAUAUCAUUUUCUAUAUCAUUUUUAUAUUCUUAGUUGAUAUUGAUGUUUUAAUUUGAAUGUGUUGUUUUGCAAAAAAUACUGUUUGGUCUUUUCUUUUCUUCCAGAAGCAUAUGGGGGAAUAUGUAGAGAUUCAAAUGCUCAAACAAGGACAAUAUGAAAGGACAAUAUGAAGGGACUGGAGGAGAUGGAACAAGGAAGGUGUGGAAAUGUUCCGAUUCCAUCAUCAACGAUGCAUUGGAAGUCGACACUGCUGAGGAGAUGAAGUGUAGUGGACUACAUUCCAGUGUCUGCAAUGAUAUAUAGACAUAUCUGCAUGUGUAAUACAUAAUUUGUGUCAUAUUCUUUCUGUAUUAAUUUUUGUAGAAUGAUAUUUGAUGUUAUUGGAUACAUGUGGGGAUCUUAGAUGUUUUUGUUUAUUUCGUGAAUGCUUAGGGACAUGGAGUCUAGGCAGGGAUAGAGAUAAUCCACCGUAGGGUCCGAUGGGUCGACCAGCCUGAGAGUGGACAUUUUGGAUAGUAUUUUGUUUGCUGGGGCUUUCAUGUGUAUUUAAUUGCAUCAUAGUUUCAAAUGCAUUGAUAAAGAUUUAUGAGUUGAUCUGGAGUACUUAGGUGGUUGCCUGGGGCAGAGGGGCCGUGAGAGAAUUUUACUGUCUUGAUUGAUUGAUGGAUGGAUAUUUGGAAAGAAGGCUGCCAGACAGGUUUUUCGCUCUCACACUCCAUAAAGAUUUGUUCAUAUUUCAUAGAAAUGUAUUUACACUCCAUAGAAAAUGUGUUUUUGGUUUAUUGUUAAAGAUACUCAAUAAGAUAAAUUGUUACUUGUCAUAAUCCUAUUCUUUUUGUUUUCGAGACUUUUAGUUAGUCUCGAAGGGGGGAAUAUAGUAAAUGAAGAAUUAUGACUUUGCUAAUGUUUUAAAGUGGAACCUGAGAGGAUGUUUAUUCAGUUUCAGAGGGAGCCAUUUUGUAGUGACACCCCUGUUCGUCGGAGACAGGUGAUUGGACAGUAGAGGGAGCCACCCAUAUUUUUGUAUAUCUUAUAAGUAUAGGCUAGAGACAAAGAACGUUAGAACAGACAUAUUAUUUUGGGACACUGUUCUCCAGACACUGCAGGUGUCUGUAAACUUAUGCUGAAAUCUUGUGAUAUAAAUAAAACUUAUAAUCAAAGUACAGUAUAAGCGGACUCUUUGUUUCACAGCAAUAAUUAGAAGCAUUGACUCGACACUAAAAAUGUAUUAAGUAGUUCUCUUUUUGUUUUCUCAUAACUUGGUUGGGUCUAAUUGUGUUGCUGUCCUGGGGCUCUGUGGCAUCUAUUUGUAUUUGUAAACAGAGCCCCAGGACCAGCUGGCUGCAGGGACUCUUCUCUCGGUUAAUCUCCUUGCAGGUCAAGGCUUUGUGAUGGAAGGUUUGGGCAUCGCUUUCCUUAAGGUGGUUGUGGAAUUUAACGGUCUUUUCUGGAUUUUUAUCAUUAGUGGGUAUAGUCCUAAUUCUGCUCUGCAUGCAUUAUUUUGAAUUUUGCAUUGUACUCUGAGGAUAUGUGUUCAGAAUUCUAUAUAUGCAAAGUCUCAAUAGGUGUGUUUGUCCCAUUUAGUGAAUUAUUGGUUGGUGAGUAUACCCCAGACUUCACAACCAUAGAGGGCAAUGGGUUCUAUAACCGAUUGGAGUGUUUUUUUUAGACAAAUGUUAUGUUCCUUUUGAUGGCGUAGAAGGCCCUUGUCUUGUCUCAGAUUGUUCAUAGCCAUGUGGAAGUUACCUGUGGUUGUAACGUCGACGCAUGGAGUCAGGAAGCAGGUGGCCCCGUGUAGCUCAGUUGGUAGAGCAUGGCGCUUGCAACGCCAGGGUUGUGGGUUCGUUUACCACACGGGCCAGUAUGAAAAAAUUUAUGCACUCACUAACUGUAAGUCACUCUGGAUAAGAGCGUCUGCUAAAUGACUAAAAUGUAAAUGUGCAGUUAGUGAGUUUAAUAUUAACGAAUAUAGAACGAUACAAAUCGAGCAACGUCUGACAAGGAAACAUAACCAAUACAGCCUGAUAACUGAUAAGUAAAGAGUACUAUAUAAAGGGUAAGUAAUGAGGGAGUAAUGAAGUCCAGGUGUGACUGAUGAUGUGCGUAAAGAUGGGUUGCCAGGACCUGUGGUUAGUAGACCAGCGACGGCGAGCGCCGGAGAGGGUGGGGCUCUGUCACACCCCACGGCCCUGAGGGAAGAAAUGUGUGUGUUUAUUGCCAAUUUUGACUGCACACUUAUUGUUUGUUUAGAUUUUAUAAUAUCGUAGGUUUUCCCCCCAACACCGAUUUCCAUCAGUUUAUACAGCAGGCCCUCAAGCCAAAUUGAGUCAAAAGCUUUUUUGAAAUCAACAAAGGAUGAGAAGACUUUGCUUUGGUUUUGGUUUGUUUGUCAAUAAGUGUCUGCAGAGUGAAUAUGUGGUCUGUCAUACGGUAUUUUGGCUAAGAAGACAUCUGCUGAGGACAAUGUUUUCACUGAGGGAAUGUUGGAGUCUGCUGUUGAUGAUACUGCAGAGGAUUUUGCCAAGGUUACUGUUGAAACAGAUCCUGUGGUAAUUAUUGGUGUCAAAUUUGUCUCCACUUUUCUGGAUUGGGGUGAUCAGACCUUGGUUCCAAAUAUUGGGAAAGAUGCCAGAGCUGAGGAUAAUAUUGAAGUUUGAGUAUAGCCAACUUGAAUUUGUGGUCUGUAUAUUUUUUUCAUUUCAUUUAGGAUACCAUCAACACCACAGGCCUUUUUGGGUUGGAGGGUUUGUAUUUUGUCAUUCAAUGUAAUUGGAGAAUCCAGUGGGUUCUGGUAGUCUUUAAUAGCUGAUUCUAAGAUUUGUAAAUUGUCAUGUAUAUGUUUUUGCUCUUGGUUCUUUAUUAUAUGGCCAAAACGGUUGGAAAGGUGGUUUUGGAUAGCUAGCUCCUCGUGUUGUUGUUUGUUCAGUGUUUUCAAAUUUUCCCAGAAGUGACUUCAAUCACAUUGAGCAGUUUUUUUUCUGAUAUGCUGUUCCUUCUUUUUUCUUAGUAUUUCUGUACUGUUUUAGUGUUUCCCUAUAGUAUGUUUUUUUUGUUUUCUGGGUCUCUGUGUAUUUGGUUUCUCCCCAAAUAAUUCAUAAGUGUUUGCACUCUUCAUCAAACCAUUUCUCAUUGCUGUUAGGUUUUCUGCUUGAGUUGUUUAAAUGUGAUAUGUUAGCUGAUACAGUAUAUCAAAUAUACUGUUCAGGAUUUCUACUACGAAGUUUACACCUUCACUAUUGCAGGGAAAUAUUUUGUCCAGGAAGUUGUCUAGGAGGGAUUGGAUUUGUUUUUGGACUUCUUUGGUAGAUUUCUACACUAUCUUUAUUCCAUCUAUAGCAUUUCUUAAUACAGUGAGGGAAAAAAGUAUUUGAUCCCCUGCUGAUUUUGUACGUUUGCCCACUGACAAAGAAAUUAUCAGUCUAUAAUUUUAAUGGUAGGUUUAUUUGAACAGUGAGAGACAGAAUAACAACAAAAACAUCCGGAAAAACGCAUGUCAAAAAUGUUAUAAAUUGAUUUGCAUUUUAAUGAGGGAAAUAAGUAUUUGACCCCCUCUCAAUCAGAAAGAUUUCUGGCUCCCAGGUGUCUUUUAUACAGGUAACGAGCUGAGAUUAGGAGCACACUCUUAAAGGGAGUGCUCCUAAUCUCAGCUUGUUACCUGUAUAAAAGAUACCUGUCCACAGAAUCAAUCAAUCAAUCAGAUUCCAAACCCUCCACCAUGGCCAAGACCAAAGAGCUCUCCCAGGAUGUCAGGGACAAGAUUGUAGACCUACACAAGGCUGGAAUGGGCUACAAGACCAUCGCCAAGCAGCUUGGUGAGAAGGUGACAACAGUUGGUGCGAUUAUUCGCAAAUGGAAGAAACACAAGACUGUCAAUCUCCCUCGGCCUGGGGCUCCAUGCAAGAUCUCACCUCGUGGAGUUGCAAGGAUCAUGAGAACGGUGAGGAAUCAGCCCAGAACUACACGGUUGGAUCUUGUCAAUGAUCUCAAGGCAGCUGGGACCAUAGUCACCAAGAAAACAAUUGGUAACAUACUACGCCGUGAAGGACUGAAAUCCUGCAGCGCCCGCAAGGUCCCCCUGCUCAAGAAAGCACAUAUUUACAUUUUAGUCAUUUAGCAGACGCUCUUAUCCAGAGCGACUUACAGUUAGUGAAUAUAUUUUUUUUAAUAUUGUCUUUUUUAAUUUUAUAUAAUUAUUUUUUAAAUUUUUCAUUUUUUUUGCCCGUCUGAAGUUUGCCAAUGAACAUCGGAAUGAUUCAGAGGAGAACUGUGCGAAAGUGUUGUGGUCAGAUGAGACCAAAAUCGAGCUCUUUGGCAUCAACUCAACUCGCCGUGUUUGGAGGAGGAGGAAUGCUGCCUAUGAGCCCAAGAACACCAUCCCCACCGUCAAACAUGGAGGUGGAAACAUUAUGCUUUGGGGGUGUUUUUCUGCUGAUGGGACAGGACAACUUCACCGCAUCAAUGGGACGCUGGACGGGGCCAUGUACCAUGAAAUCUUGGGUGAGAACCUCCUUCCCUCAGCCAGGGCAUUGAAAAUGGGUCGUGGAUGGGUAUUCCAGCAUGACAAUGACCCAAAACACACGGCCAAGGCAACAAAGGAGUGGCUCAAGAAGAAGCACAUUAAGGUCCUGGAGUUGCCUAGCCAGUCUCCAGACCUUAAUCCCAUAGAAAAUCUGUGGAGGGAGCUGAAGGUUCGAGUUGCCAAACGUCAGCCUCAAAACCUUAAUGAUUUGGAGAAGAUCUGCAAAGAGGAGUGGGACAAAAUCCCUCCUGAGAUGUGUGCAAACCUGGUGGCCAACUACAAGAAACGUCUGACCUCUGUGAUUGCCAACAAGGGUUUUGCCACCAAGUACUAAGUCAUGUUUUGCAGAGGGGUUAAAUACUUAUUUCCCUCAUUAAAAUGCAAAUCAAUUUAUAACAUUUUUGACAUGCGUUUUUCUGGAUUUUUUUGUUGUUAUUCUGUCUCUCACUGUUCAAAUAAACCUACCAUUUAAAAUGAUAGACUGAUCCUUUCUUUGUCAGUGGGCAAACGUACAAAAUCAGCUGGGGAUCAAAUACUUUUUUCCCUCACUGUAGCAUACAGUUUGUUGGGCUUUGAUGCCUCAUGGUUGAGUAUUGCUCUGUUGAAGUAGGCUGUGAUUUUGCUGUGGUCUGAUAGUGGUGCCAGUGGGCUGACUGUGGACGCUCUGAGAGACUAUGGUAGUAGUAUGCUUCUGGUAGUCUUUAAUAACUGAUUCUAAGUUGUGUAAAUUAUCAUGUAUAUGUUUUUGCUCUAGGUUCUUUGUUAUUUGGCCAAAGAGGUUGGAGAAGUGGUUUAUCCAUACGUCUCCAUUUUGUAUAGCUAGCUCUUCGUGCUGUUAUUUUCUCUCUCUCUCUCUCUCUCUCUCUCUCUCUCUCUCUCUCUCUCUCUCUCUCUCUCUCUCUCUCUCUCUCUCUCUCUCUCUCUCUCUCUCAGCCUCCAUUUUGACACUUUCUCAGCAAAGUUAAUUGAGUCGACUUAAUUGGGUGGUAACAAUUCAGAGGUUUAUGGUUGGCUCAGGUUUGCAAGUUCACCUUCGGUAUAAACCUUCGGUAUAAACGGUAUAAACGGUAUAAACAGUAUAAACUGUAUAGGGAGGACAGCAGUUAUAAACAGUAUAAACUGUAUAGGGAGGACAGCAGUUAUAAACAGUAUAAACUGUAUAGGGAGGACAGCAGUUUAAAACAGUAUAAACUGUAUAGGGAGGACAGCAGUUAUAAACAGUAUAAAACUGUAUAGGGAGGACGCAGUUAUAAAACAGUAUAAACGGUAUAGGGAGGACAGCAGUUAUAAACAGUAUAAACUGUAUAGGGAGGACAGCAGUUAUAAACAGUAUAAACGGUAUAAACGGUAUAGGGAGGACAGCAGUUAUAAACAGUAUAAACUGUAUAGGGAGGACAGCAGUUAUAAACAGUAUAAACUGUAUAGGGAGGACAGCAGUUAUAAACGGUAUAAACAGUAUAAACUGUAUAGGGAGGACAGCAUUUAUAAACGGUAUAAAACUGUACUAGGGAGGACAGCAUUUAUAAACGGUAUAAACUGUAUAGGGAGGACAGCAGUUAUAAACAGUAUAAACUGUAUAGGGAGGACAGCAGUUAUAAACGGUAUAAACAGUAUAGGGAGGACAGCAGUUAUAAACGGUAUAAACUGUAUAGGGAGGACAGCAUUUAUAAACGGUAUAAACGGUAUAAACGGUAUAAACUGUAUAGGGAGGACAGCAGUUAUAAACGGUAUAAACAGUAUAGGGAGGACAGCAUUUAUAAACGGUAUAAACGGUAUAGGGAGGACAGCAUUUAUAAACGGUUAUAAACUGUAUAGGGAGGACAGCAGUUAUAAACAGUAUAAACUGUAUAGGGAGGACAGCAGUUAUAAACGGUAUAAACGUAUAGGGAGGACAGCAGUUAUAAACGGUUAUAAACUGUAUAGGGAGGACAGCAUUUAUAAACGGUUUAUAAACGGUAUAAACGGUUAUAAACUGUAUAGGGAGGACAGCAGUUAUAAACGGUAUAAACAGUAUAGGGAGGACAGCAUUAUAAACGGUAUAAACGUAUAGGGAGGACAGCAGUUAUAACGGUAUAUAAACGGUAUAGGGAGGACAGCAGUUAUAAACGGUAUAAACGGUAUAAACGGUUUAUAAACUGUAUAGGGAGGACAGCAGUUAUAAACGGUAUAAACAGUAUAGGGAGGACAGCAUUUAUAAACGGUAUAAACUGUAUAGGGAGGACAGCAGUUAUAAACGGUAUAAACUGUAUAGGGAGGACAGCAGUUAUAAACAGUAUAAACUGUAUAGGGAGGACAGCAGUUAUAAACGGUAUAAACUGUAUAGGGAGGACAGCAGUUAUAAACGGUAUAAACUGUAUAGGGAGGACAGCAUUUAUAAACGUUUAUAAACGGUGAUAAACGGUAUAAACUGUAUAGGGAGGACAGCAGUUAUAAACGGUAUAAACAGUAUAGGGAGGACAGCAUUUAUAAACGGUAUAAACUGUAUAGGGAGGACAGCAGUUAUAAACGGUAUAAACUGUAUAGGGAGGACAGCAGUUAUAAACGGUAUAAACUGUAUAGGGAGGACAGCAGUUAUAAACGGUAUAAACAGUAUAGGGAGGACAGCAGUUAUAAACGGUAUAAACAGUAUAGGGAGGACAGCAGUUAUAAACAGUAUAAACUGUAUAGGGAGGACAGCAGUUAUAAACGGUAUAAACUGUAUAGGGAGGACAGCAUUUAUAAACGGUAUAAACGGUAUAAACUGUAUAGGGAGGACAGCAGUUAUAAACGGUUAUAAACUGUAUAGGGAGGACAGCAGUUAUAAACAGUAUAAACUGUAUAGGGAGGACAGCAGUUAUAAACGGUAUAAACUGUAUAGGGAGGACAGCAUUUAUAAACGGUAUAAACGGUAUAAACGGUAUAAACUGUAUAGGGAGGACAGCAGUUAUAAACGGUAUAAACAGUAUAGGGAGGACAGCAGUUAUAAACAGUAUAAACUGUAUAGGGAGGACAGCAGUUAUAAACGGUAUAAACUGUAUAGGGAGGACAGCAUUUAUAAACGGUAUAAACGGUAUAAACGGUAUAAACUGUAUAGGGAGGACAGCAGUUAUAAACAGUAUAAACCGAAUAGGGAGGACAGCAGUUAUAAACAGUAUAAACUGUAUAGGGAGGACAGCAGUUAUAAACAGUAUAAACUGUAUAGGGAGGACAGCAGUUAUAAACGGUAUAAACAGUAUAGGGAGGACAGCAGUUAUAAACAGUAUAAACUGUAUAGGGAGGACAGCAGUUAUAAACGGUAUAAACUGUAUAGGGAGGACAGCAUUUAUAAACGGUAUAAACGGUAUAAACGGUAUAAACUGUAUAGGGAGGACAGCAGUUAUAAACAGUAUAAACUGUAUAGGGAGGACAGCAGGUAUAAACAGUAUAAACUGUAUAGGGAGGACAGCAGUUAUAAACAGUAUAAACGGUAUAGGGAGGACAGCAGUUAUAAACAGUAUAAACGGUAUAGGGAGGACAGCAGUUAUAAACGGUAUAAACUGUAUAGGGAGGACAGCAGUUAUAAACGGUAUAAACUGUAUAGGGAGGACAGCAGUUAUAAACGGUAUAAACUGUAUAGGGAGGACAGCAGUUAUAAACGGUAUAAACUGUAUAGGGAGGACAGCAGUUAUAAACGGUAUAAAGUGUAUAGGGAGGACAGCAGUUAUAAACGGUAUAAAGUGUAUAGGGAGGACAGCAGUUAUACGGUUAAAAUUCCUCUCUCACUGCUGCUGCUGUACUUACUGGAUGGAAAAGUACCCCAGGAGAAAAAACUACUUCAGACAGGCCCGUUUCUGUGGGUUGGAUUUUGGGAUAAACGACAUUAAGCCACUCCGAUCGGAACGUUUGGCUCGUGGCCCCUCCCCCUCCUCCCCCUGUAUAUGUGUGUUGCAAUUAGACGGGUCAGAACGCAAGAGCAAAGGGAACAUCAUGGCUUCCCAGCAGCUUUAUCUGAGGCUGGUGGGGCUCACCGCUCUGCUCACACUGCUGGCCCUCGCUCUCUCGUCCUGUCCCCCUCUCUCUAUAGCUCUCUUCAUAUCCAAGUCUUUCUUUCAACUAUCUUUCUGUCUCCAUCUCCUCCCAUCUAUCACUCUGUCCCCCCACAUACCUCUUACUACGCGAGAUCAUUUGAUUUCACCCAUAUGGAACCAAACUUAGAUUAACACAGCUUCUGAAGCAACAUCUGAUAUAUCGACGUGUUAAUUCAUGUAGUUAUUUAAGAACCUCAAGUUUGAAGGUUGAUGGUGUGUUUUAUGAAGCUUUAUUGGGUAUUUGAAUUAUCUAAGGUGAGUGCUGAGUUAUUUUUACAUAAUGAAUGAAUGCAUAAGACGUUUCUUUCUCUUGCGUGGUGUUGGAUUCUAGCUUGAAAUAUACAGUUGAACUCGUAAGAUUACAUACACCUUAGCCAAAUACAUUUAAACUCAGUUUUUCACAAUUCCUGACAUUUAAUCCUGGUUAAAAUUCCCUGUCGUAGGUCAGUUAGGAUCAUCACUUUAUGUUAAGAAUGUGAAAUGUCCGAAUAAUAGUAGAGAUAAUGAUUUUUUAAAGCUUUUAUUUCUUUCAUCACAUUCCCAGUGGGUCAGAAGUUUACAUACACUCGAUUAGUAUUUGGUAGCAUUGCCUUUAAAUUGUUCAACUUGGGUCAAACGUUUUGGGUAGCCUUCCACAAGCUUCCCACAUUAAGUUGGGUGAAUUUUGGCCCAUUCCUCCUGACAGAGCUGGUGUAACUGAGUCAGGUUUGUAGGCCUCCUUGCUCGCACACGCUCUUUCAGUUAUGCCCACAAAUGUUCUAUAGGAUUGAGGUCAGAGCUUUGUGAUGGCCACUCCAAUACCUUGACUUUGUUGUCCUUAAGCCAUUUUGCCACAACUUUGGAAGUAUGCUUGGGGUCAUUGUCCAUUUGGAAGACCCAUUUGCGACCAAGCUUUAACUUCCUGACUGAUGUCUUGAGAUGUUGCUUCAAUAUAUCCACAUAAUUUUCCUUCCUCAUGAUGCCAUCUAUUUUGUGAAGUGCACCAGUCCCUCCUGCAGCAAAGCACCCCCACAGAAUGAUGUUGCCACCCCCGUGCUUCACGGUUGGGAUGGUGUUCUUCGGCUUGCAAGGUACCCACUUUUUCCUCCAAACAUAACGAUGGUCAUUAUGGCCAAACAGUUCUAUUUUUGUUUCAUCAGACCAGAGAACAUUUCUCCAAAAAGUACGAUCUUUGUCCCCAUGUGCUGUUGCAAACUGUAGUCUAGCUUUUUUAUGGCGGUUUUGGAACAGUGUCUUCUUCCUUGCUGAGCAGCCUUUCAGGUUAUGUCGAUAUAGGACUCGUUUUACUGUGGAUAUAGAUACUUUUGUACCUGUUUCCUCCAGCAUCUUCACAAGGUCCUUUGCUGUUGUUCUGGGAUUGAUUUGCACUUUUUGCACCAAAGUACGUUCAUCUCUAGGAGACGAACGCGUCUCCUUCCUGAGCGAUAUUAUGGCUGCGUGGUCCCAUGGUGUUUAUACUUGCGUACUAUUGUUUGUACAGAUGAACGUGGUACCUUCAGGUGUUUGGAAAUUGCUCCCAAGGAUGAACCAGACUUGUGGAGGUCUACCAUUUUUUUUGGCUGAUUUCUUUUGAUUUUCCCAUGAUGUCAAGCAAAGAGGCACUGAGUUUGAAGGUAGGCCUUGAAAUACAUCCACAGGUACACCUCCAAUUGACUCAAAUGAUGUCAAUUAGCCUAUCAGAAGCUUCUAAAGCCAUGACAUCAUUUUCUGGAAUUUUCCAAGCUGUUUAAUGGCACAGUCAACUUAGUGUAUGCAAACUUCUGACCCACUGGAAUUGUGAUACAGUGAAUUAUAAGUAAAAUAAUCUGUCUGUAAACAAUUGUUGGAAAAAUUACUUGUCAUGCACAAAGUAGAUGUCCUAACCGACUUGCCAAAACUAUAGGUUGUUAACAAGACAUUUGUGAAGUGGUUGAAAAACGAGUUUUAACGACUCCAACCUAAGUGUAUGUAAACUUCCGACUUCAACUGUAUACUUAUUCAUGUUACUAUACUAAAACUACUUUACAUGUUAAAACAUGGUAUUGUUAAAUAUCAUGGAUCCAAGGAGGGGGCAAAGGGCAACAGUCUGGUUUCAGUCACUGAUAAGGUAGGACAGCCGUGGAGAAGGGAGGAGUGAGGAAUUCGUCCCGAGGUCAGGUCAGAUGAAGUGACAAGGAACAGUCCUAUGACAUACACACAUAGGAGGCGGGGCCAUGACUACACCAAUGAGAGGAACCAAUUAAUGUCCUGAUUUAGCAACAGAGAUGGAUUGGCUGUCUAGAUGUGCAAGGAGUUGACUCCUCCUAGUAGGAGGGUAUAAAUAUAGGUGAUUGUGUAAACAUGUCUUUGCAGCUGUUUGACCCAGUAGGGAAUAAACUUGUUUUGAGCUUUUCCUAGUCAUCCAUUUGAGUUUUUACUCUGUUUGUUUAGAACCUAACAGUGGAAAGAGGAAGAGGAGGGAAGACUGCAGACAAAACAGAGUUGGGAGUGAAAUGUACAGUGCCUUCAGAAAGUAUUCACACCCCUUGACUUUUUCCACAUUUUGUUGUGUUACAAAUUGGGAUUAAAAUUGAUUUAAUUGUCUUUUUUAAAAUAAACGAUCUACACAAAAUAAUCUGUAAUGUCAAAGUGGAAGAUUAAUGACAAAUAAAACACUAAUAUAUCUUGAUUAGAUAAGUAUUCAACCCCCUGAGUCAAUACAUUUUAGUCCCCUGUAGCUCAGUUGGUAGAGCAUGGCGCUUGCAACGCCAGGGAUGUGGGUUCGUUUCCCACGGGGGGCCAGUAUGAAAAUGUAUGCACUCACUAACUGUAAGUCGCUCUGGAUAAGAGCGUCUGCUAAAUGACUAAAAUGUAAUGUUAGAAUCAGCUUUGGCAGCAAUUACAGCUGUGAGUCUUUUUGGCUAAGUCUCUAAGAGCUUUGCCCAUUAUUCUAAACUCUUCAAGCUCUGUCAAGUUGGUUGUUGAUCAUCGCUAGACAGCCAUUUUCAAGUCUUGCCAUAGAUUUUCAAGCCGAUUUAAGUAAAAACUUUUACAAGGCCACUCAGGAACAUUCACUGUCAUCUUGGUAACAACUCCAGUGUAUAUUUGGCUUUGAAUUUUAGGUUAUUGUCCUGCUGAAAGGUGAAUUUGUCUCCCAGUGUCUGUUGGAAAGCAGACUGACCCAGGUUUUCCGCUAGGAUUUUCCCUGUGCUUCGCCCUAUUCUGUUUAUUUUUAUCCUAAAACACUCCCUAGUCCUUGCCGAUGACAAGCAUACCCGUAGUAUGAUGCAGCCACCACCAUGCUUGAAAAUAUGAAGAGUGGUACUCAGUGAUGUGUUGUGUUGGAUUUGCCCCAAACAUAAUGCUUUGUAUUCACCCGUCUGGUGUUCAACCUUCCCAAGUUCUCUCACGUCACCCCACUCCUCCGCACACUCCACUGGCUUCCAGUUGAAGCUCGCAUCUGCUACAAGACCAUGGUGCUUGCCUACGGAGCUGUGAGGGGAACGGCACCUCCUUACCUUCAGGCUCUGAUCAGUCCCUACACCCAAACGAGGGCAUUGCGUUCUUCCACCUCUGGCCUGCUGGUCCCCCUACCUCUGCGGAAGCACAGUUCCCGCUCAGCCCAGUCAAAACUGUUCGCUACUCUGGUACCCCAAUGGUGGAGUCACUGACCACCUUCCGGAGACACUUGAAACCCCACCUCUUUAAGGAACACCUGCCUUCUUUGCGAGGCAUUAGAAAACCUUCCUGGUCUUUAUUCACAGCUCAACUUAGGGACCUUACAGAUAAUUAUAUGUGUGGGGUACAGAGAUGGGGUAGUCAUUUAAAAAUCAUGUUAACCACUAUUAUUGCACACAGAGUGAGUCCAUGCAACUUAUGUGACUUGUUAAGCACAUGUUUACUCCUGAACUUAUUUAGGCUUGCCAUAACAAAGGGGUUGAAUACUUAUUGACUCAAGACAGUUCAGCUUCACAUUUUGUAUUAAUUUGUAAAAAUGUCUAAAAACAAAAUUCCACUUUAGUAUUGUGUGUAGAUCAGUGGCACAAAGUCUCAAUUGAAUCAAUUUUAAAUUCAGGCUGUAACACAAAAACAUGUGGAAAAAGUAAUGGUGUGUGAAUACUUUCUGAAGGCACUGUAGAUUCUAAAAUAGGAGACAAGCGACAAUGGACUUAAUGUGUCACUGAAAACUAACUGGCCAUGGAAAUUCCAUGAAUCCCUUUCACCUCAAAAGGCUUUUCUAGCUGUCUCGUUACCACCAUUUUAAUGAGCGAGAAGAGUUGCCUAGACAGGGAAGAAGAGGGGAAAGAGGGAGAGCGAGGGAGGGAAAGAGGGAGGGAGGAUAAGAUAGCAGACCAGGCAAAUCUCAGUGGAAAGUCUCACUCAUCAUUAAUGUGAAUGUGAGGCAGCAAAUAGUAAACAGCCCUCUUCCUCUCUAGACAGACUGCUAGGAGACAGACUGCUAGGAGACAGACUGCUAGGAGACAGACUGCUAGGAGACAGACUGCUAGGAGACAGACUGCUAGGAGACAGACUGCUAGGCUGAUAGAAAUUUCAUGGGAAUGAUCUUGCAAUUAUCUGCUAACAUGUGGACUUUUGUUUGAUUUGGUUGUUUUCCUUUGUUUGUGUGUGUGGGGAAAAUUCUUUGUCGUUUAUUGCUGUACCCUUUUGGUGUUGGUUGUUUCUUCUGAGGCCUGUGUUCUUUGUGCGCGCAUGUUGUGUCCUAAACUCUGGCUGGGUCCUGCCCUUCCCGUCGGGGCUUUUCUGCUGUCUUCUUUCCCCUUUUAAAUGUGGGAGUUUGCCUGCGUGGGGGAUGUGGAGGGGGUGGGGUUUGCGCCGUGAUUCUGGGGAAGUCUACUCUGCUUUUUGUUGGGCAGCUAGUCGCCUCUUCCUUCUGCGCUGCGGGGGCCUCGGGGCUGUUUGAGCCUGCUGGGCGCUGCUGGGCGCUGCUGUCGCUGUCGGCGCUGCUAGGCUGAUUCUUUUUCGGGGGAAAUUUGUUUUCCCUUAUCUCUGCCCUUUCCCUUCUCCCCUUUGCAAACUGCGGGCUUUUGGGCGGCGCGUCGGUUGUCUGUCUGUCUGUCUGUCUGUCUGUGUGUGUUACACACACACAUGCAUGUGUGGUCCUCUGUAGCUCAGCUGGUAGAGCACGGCGCUUGUAACGCCAAGGUAGUGGGUUCGAUCCCCGGGACCACCCAUACGUAAAAAUUUAUGCACGCAUGACUGUAAGUCGCUUUGGAUAAAAGCGUCUGCUAAAUGGCAUAUUAUUAUUAUUAUUAUUUAAGCCUCUACUGAAUGAGCUGGGCUUUAUCACACCACGCUCUAACUUAAUAAUCACAAUGGACUUACAGUACAGUCUCCUCUCCCUUGCUAAAGGAUUCUAGGCUAUACAUUAAACCCCAUUAACACUACUAAGUGUCCUAUUGACUCUCUUUAGCAGAUGUUUCCAGUGAGAGCAGCCUUCACAAGAUCCUGAAGAAAAGAGAUGGUAAUAUUGACAGAUAGCUUUUACAUACACACAUUACACACUGCUAGUACUUUACAUUCUACUCCUGUUACACGUCUCCUCUCUGCCUCCCCCCAGUGGUGGGUGACGGUAGCGCUCCCUCUAAGUCCGGGGUGGCUGUUGCCUCCCGCCAAGGCCAGAGAGUUCCUGGUCAAGCUAUGGAGGCCCAAGAGGAACAUCUGGGACCGCAGCAGGCCAGACGUGCAGCAGUGGAUCAUGCAGUUCAUGUACAUGGGCUUUGACGAGACGGUGAGCGAGGCCAGGAGGCUUGAAUAAUAAAUAAUUUCACACAUGUACAAGUGUUUUUUUAAUGCAUAUUCCAACUCCCCCUGAAACAGUGAGGAGAGGGGUCACAGAAUGAGGUAGGGCCUUGAGUUUAAUCUGACGCUGUGACCUGACCCUACUAUGGGCCAUUAUGCAACUUUUCAGGGAAGUCAGGAACCAAUAUACACAAUCAGUUAGGAAAGCAAUGGCUUGCUUUUUCAAACAGAAAUUUGCAUCCUGUAGCACUAACUCCAAAAAGUUUUGGGACACUGUAAAGUCCAUGGAGAAUAAGAGCACCUCCUCCCAGCUGCCCACUGCACUGAGGCUAGGAAACACUGUCAUCACCGAUAAUCGAGAUUUUCAGCAAGCAUUUUGCUACGGCUGGCCAUGCUUUCCACCUGGCUACCCCUACCCCGGCCACCAGCUCUGCACCCUCCGCUGCAACUUGCCCAUGCCCCCCCCCCCCUCUUCUCCUUCACCCAAAUUCAGACAGCUGAUGUUCUGAAAGAGCUGCAAAGUCUGGACCCCUACAAAUCAGCUGGGCUAGACAAUCUGGACCCUUUCUUUCUAAAAUUAGCCGCCGAAAUUGUCGCAACCCCUAUUACUAGCCUGUUCAACCUCUCUUUCAUAACGUCUGAGAUCCCCAGAGAUUGGAAAGCUGCCGCGGUCAUCCCCCUCUUCAAACGGGGUGACACUCUAGAUCCAAACUGUUACAGACCUAUAUUACAUUUACAUUACAUUUUAGUCAUUUAGCAGACGCUCUUAUAUGUGAAUACAUAUUUUUUUUAUACUGGCCCCCCGUGGGAAUCGAACCCACAACCCUGGCGUUGCAAACGCCAUGCUCUAUCAACUGAGCUACAUCCCUGCUGGCCAUUCCCUCCCUACCUGGCACGCUGGGCCAAUGUGACGCCGCCCAUGAGGCUGUGUGGUAGUCCAGUGCAAAUAUUGUUACGGUGCAGUGAUCCAUGAGGUUCAGGUAGUCUCUGAGGUGCAGGUAGUCUCUGCAGGUGGCAGGUAGUCUCUGAGGUGCAUGGUAGUCUCUGAGGUGCAGGUAGUCUCUGAGGUGCAGGUACGGUCGUAUCUCUGAGGUGCAGGUAGUCUCUGAGGUGCAGGUAGUCUCUGAGGUGCAGGUAGUCUCUGAGGUGCAGGUAGUCUCUGAGGUGCAGGUAGUCUCUGAGGUGCAGGUAGUCUCUGAGGUGCAGGUAGUCUCUGAGGUGCAGGUAGUCUCUGAGGUGCAGUAGUCUCUGAGGUUGGGCAGGUAGUAUCUUGAAGGUGCAGGUGUUAUCUCGAGGUGCAUAAAUAAAUCUCUGAGUCAUUAGUUAUACGUGCAGCUAAGAUAGAAUGUCACAGGUGUCUAAUUUACGUAGAGUAAAUAAAUAAAUAAAGCAUGAAUGUACAUUAUAAUAUACAGUGAAACACAUCUAUAGAUGGAGGAGGGAUAAUGCCCAGGCUAGUUUGUAGUCGUUAUCAGACUAGACAAAAGCAGAUGGACGUUUCUGUCACAGAAGGACCUAGAGACUCUAUUCAAAGGAGAUAAUUAUCCUCCACCACUAUGGUCAUCACUGGGCCUGACACACCUUGAAUACACACACACACUUACAAGCUUUUUUCCCUCUCUUGCUAUGUUUCUUCCAGAUCAAUGAUUCCGAUGGAGAUCUUUUUAGAAACACGAGGGAGGGAGGGAGGGAGGGAGGGAGGGAGGGAGGGAGGGAGGGAGGGAGAGAGGGGAGGGAGGGAGAGAGAAAGUUGUGUUUGCUCCUCAGUUCUGUAGACAGUUGACAGCUCCUGUAGGUCAAUUGGUAGGAUUGCUUUAAUGACUUCCUGGGUAGGUGUAAUUUCCUGUUGCCUGAACUUGCCUCUCUUGCUGUUGGAUCCGACAGCCUCGGCAUUUUAAACCAUGUUGGUCUAUACUCCAACAGCCGUCCUGUUCCAAGUCAUCUCCACAACAUCUGCUGACAAGCAAAUCAACUCCAUAGCCCCUUACCCCCUAGCUCCUAGCUCCUACUCCCUUACCCCCUAAGCACUCCAGUAGAUCUGAAAGGAUCUGAAGGGUAUGAGAAACUAGUUGAUUGCUUAACCCUGUUCUCUAAUGAGCUGAGUGGAAAUUGUACCAUAUUUCUUGCACCUUUCCAAUGUUUCAGAUCUUUUGAGUUAGGCUGAAGUUGAGAGGUUUUGGUCAUGUUUUUUCCCUCUCCAGAGACUGGAGACGGACUUGUCCUACUGGAUGGACCACUCGCGGUCCAGCGAUCAGAGUUGUCAGCACCAUUAUGAGGAGAACUCUCCCAUUGGACCCAGAGACAGAGGGGCACACCGUCAUGGAGCCAACGUUAACUAUGACUACUAG